CUGUGAUAAAGAGAAGUAUUCCGUAAUCAGGAGAUAAUGGGCAAGGAAGCCGACUUACUGAAUGCUGUUAAGAACAAUGACCAUCAAAAACUACAGAAGCUGUUGUUACCUGAAAGGGGUUAUCAAGUAAAAAAAACGCCAAAGCCCUCAUCAACACGUAUUCCUGGAGGUCGUAUUCGUGUAAAGCUUGACCACAUUAACAUCAACUGCCGUGAGUCAACAGGGUCCUCCGGAUAUACCCCACUCUUAUUGGCUGUUGAACACGGUAAUAAGGAUAUAGCAGAGACAUUGCUCUUCCAUUCAGCAGACGUUGAUUUCCCAGACAACAAAGGAAAUACACCGCUUCAUUUAGCUGUGUUCGCAGGAAAAAUCGACAUGGUUGACUUACUGCUACAACAUAAUGCUAAGGUGGAUAUUCAGAACAGUGAUGGAAAUACGUCCAUUCAUAUAAUUUCACAAUGUGACUACGAACACCGAAUUAAAGUCAUGCUGAAAUUACUCAAGGUAUCAUCAACACUUUACACCAGAAAUAAGGCCCACGCAACACCGCUUGAUGUAGCUGCGAUGUACAACAAGAAAGAUAUAAUGUCGAUCAUGCUUGACCAUGACUCGUCCCUGAAGUACAACACGACAGCCAUCAUAGAGUCCGCUAUCCGUGGUUACACAGAGAUUGUUCAGCUCCUGUUAGAUUACGGUGUCAGCCCAAACGGCAUCAGCGAUCUUAAAGAGACUGGACCUUUACAUGAAGCCACUAGGUUCUGUAGAACUGAAGUUGCCCGGAUCCUCCUGAAUUACGGGGCCAAUCCGGCAGUGAGGAACAUGAAAAAUGAGUCUCCAAAAACAUUAGCAGAAGGUCUACCAAAAGUAAAAAGUGAAGAACUCCUGAAAUUAUUUGAAGAAAGCAGAGUCAAGGGCGCUACUGCUACACCAAGAUUCACAGAAAAGGACAAUGAACAAUUUUUCGCAACUCCCGGAAAAUGUUAUCCUCAAUUACCAACUGACCCUUCCUGGACCAGAAACACCCCCGAAUACUGCAACAGCAGUACGCCAAACAAUCCAAACACUAACUUGUUUGACGGUAAUAUGAGAACAUUCUGGAUAAUGCAGGAUACACAUUAUGCAUGGACCGUGCUGGACUUGCACCAGAGUCAUACACUUACGGGCAUUACCAUAUAUGGAUGGGAUAGUCCAGAGAUGGUGAAAUGUUUUGAAAUCCAAAGAGGGAUACACCUAAAAGGUCCCUGGACAACGACGGGCUCAUUUAUAUGUAAAAGGACGGGAAGCACCAAUCCUAAAGAGGAUGCUGUAGCGCAGUCGUUUAAAGAUUUUGAAGCCAGUUCCCGAUACUGGCGACUACAAGUCCUCAGUAAUUAUGGUGGCAGUUACACGUGCUUCCAGGGAGUUGCACUGAAUGGAUCUGAUGACAGGGUGACAGAUACCUUAAGUAAACUGGGGUUCUCGAAGUACGUCGACCAGUUCAUUUGCAAGGGUUGUAAUACAUACCGGAAGUUUCUGCUUCAAGACGAUACAGAUCUACAGGAAGUGUGUACUGACGAAGAUGUGUCGACUUUGUCAACAGAACUGAAGAAGUUACGGAAAUCAGAAUUCAAACUUACUAAUCCAAAAUGGAAGCAGCCGCCUCCAUAUUCCUGGCCAGUUGGGAAGUGUAUACCGGAUAUGGUUGUUGUAGGAGACAUUGGGUGUUCUGAUGAAAUGACGAUGUCUGUUAAAGAUGGUUGUGAUGUUUUACAAGGGAAUCUGACAAUCUGUCUUGAAGCCACUAGCAUGCAGUCAGCUCCAACUGCAACAUUUACUGGAAUUAAAAUGAGUAAACAUGGAAUCUACAGGAUACUUGUGCAUUCCAAAUCCAACCCAGAUAUAAUGUUAAGUGCACCAACAAAUAUAGAAAUUAAACCUCCAUCCAAUCUGUCAAAGGAAAAUAAAGAUGCGUUUGAAAGUCUGGAGACGAUGUUAAGUGAUCUUGCGAGUUCCCUUGACCUGCCAAGCUGAUGAAACACUCCACGAACAAUGAUAGUUUAGCUUACAUUAAAGGACGCGUUUCCGUUUAAGACGGCUUCCAGCAUUACAGCUACAUAGCUAACUCAUGAGCGUGGAAACUGUCGCUAUUGACAAUUAAUAUCAUAUUUCAACUACAAACUGUACAAAUGUGAAAAUAUUAAGAUAUUUCGGGUUGAACUGAGAAACUGACGUAUUUUAUUUAGUCUACAGCGCAUCAGUAUACUAGUGUAAAUAUGUAUACACAACAAAAGAUGUAGUAUUUCUCUUCAGCUGUUAAACGGUUAAGAGGUGACCUACAUAUAACAGUGCCUGUUUUUAUUAACUAAGCUGUAGAGUUACAGGAGUUUGCAGUUAUUGAUGACACGCGGUGCGGUCUUAACAUUUCUCAUCAAAUACCGGAAACAGGAAAUUGUCGUAGUCGCAUGUUAAUCUUCACGCCCGGUCAUUGCCUAGCAAUCCAGUGACAACUAUUGUGAUGUGAUAAUUUAACAAAGUCAGUUUUAUAAUGUGAAAAAGUCAAUCAAUACAUAGACAUGGUUCAUCAAUAGAGUUAUCGUCACCUUCCUUAAAUAUAUCAAUAUUCCGCUGGUAAUUAAUGUUUACAAAACGUUUUGGUUUUGUAAGUUACGUCACUCCGCUUGUAAAAUUCCAAUAAUGCGAUGAAGUAAUAAACACGAAAUUUCCGGAUUACCGUUACAUGUAAACUCUUUUAAAUUGACGUAGAGAGAACUAGAGGCAUUACCAUGUAAAAUAACAGACUAUGAUUACUUGUGCAUAUAUACAACACGUUUCAAAAUCCUGUAGCGUUUUCAAAGCAUUAUGAUUUCAUGCAAUAUAUAUAUUCUGAACACUACACACGUGCUUAAGAUGUCUUUUUCAGAUAUCUUCACUGACUGAUUAUACAGCCACAACUUAACCUUCUAAUUACUAUCUCAAGUCCGAAUAGACAGUAUUUUGUCAAGAUUAACAAAAUAUAAUGGGCUCUGUGGGCCUUUAUUAUUCACCUGUUCUUCUGUUGAUGGCGAACCGAAGAUAUUGUUCAAAGAGUCGAUAUUUUAACUAGCUUGAAGUCCCGUUGCCCAAGCAUGAUUAUGGCGAUUAUCAUUAAUCUAGGCCAUUAAGUUCAAAACUUCAGCACUUUUCUCCAGCCUUGAAAGUUUUCAAGGUGAUUCGUUGGAAAGGCAAAAUAAAAAAUAUCCAAAAACUGCUAUUACUUCAUUUUCGUUACAAACACUUGAGCAGCAACAAUUUCGUCUCAUCAACCGCUUUUAAAAUCUUUUUCAUGGCGCAUAUCACCAACAAUGAACAUUACUGUUAUAGAGUUGUUCUUGCGACAUAUGGUGUACCAUAACUGUAAUUGCGAAUUCUACAGUCCUCUCCCAAACCUCCCUCCCCCUACAAAAAAAAUGUGUUAAAGUAAACACAUUGGCCGAAUUUUGGAAUGGCAAAAUCAUUAAUCACUCCCAGAUUAGUUACAUAAAGACUUGGUGAACUAAGAAUUUUUGUUCCUGUCCUACACUAAAAGGGCCGCAUUCGAUCGCUUCAUCACUUGUACAAUGCACAGGAUGUUUUAUUAGCAUAUCUACUGCGAGGUGAAAAGUUAUAAAUGUUUGAGCCAUCGUUUUAAUGUAAUUAUUAUAUACCAGAAUCACUGUUACUCCUUGUCAAUUAUUCUUCUAUUGAAAAUUUUAUUAUACAGGACGAUAUUUAUAUUGAUUUUGGUUGUAAUUACAUGAAUCCACUGUAUGUUUGAUAUACUUAAUGUAAAUGUAUAUAACGUAUAUAUAUGCUCGUUACCUGCCGUAAACAUCGAUAUGAAUACCACGUGAAGCACCAGAACAAUUAAAUUGGUCUAAUCAUGACUUUCAUAAACAGAAAAUUCCAUAAACUUUAUCUUUUGAAAUCCCAUGUUACUAUUGUCUUUUGAAUUCUGUUAGCAUUGUAUGUUACUCGCUUUUUAUCCGCCGUCUGUUGUGUAUCCGUCAAUCAUUCAUAUGUCUGAGUUACCAACAACAACAAAAAACAAAACAAAAAACAAAACAAAAAUCACUUCAAGGCGCAUAUUGAUAUCAAUGAACAUUACUGUUAUAGGGUUGUUCUUGUGCCAUAUGGUGUACUAUAACUGCGAAUUUUACAGCCCUCUAUCUCUCUUUUUGUUUAAGUAUAAAGAAACGCCACUUGUUUCAAAUUAUGAACAUAAAAUGACAAUUAGGCGUAUAUGUGCUCCCCUGACCCACCACUGUGGCCUAAUGGAAGGGUCCAAAGAAUCCGUACCAGACUUCAACAUUGGAAUGUCGUAUGAUACCUAGUCACUACAAAAAUAUCUCUGUCAGGACUCGGGUGAUCGUGAAAACUCCUGGGCCUGUUGUCUUGCUAAUAUCAGGAAUGUGUACAGGUGACCAAUGACAAUGCAGAGUUAUUGCAGUA